AGGCACUGCUGAGAUACUUGUCUGCCCAACAAAAACACCCACAAUUUUAUGCCACCGUUUAGGGAAGCCGUGAUCAGAUACUGAGCAGGUGCAGGACUUGAUUGAUUGCAAAAGGUAGAAACGUCACUCAGGAGGUUGUGGGGAGAGGGGAUAAAAGAUUGUCAAGUUCCGGUUCAAGAUGGCGAUGGAACAUGCUCCUGAAUUCCCCGCUUCCUACAAACACACUGAAUGUACCGCCUCACAAGCCAUGGUUUACUCUGAAAAGAGCUUUAAACAAAGCGACUCUUGCAAGUGAGGCAAAGGAGAGAAGGCCCACAGCAAAGCAGUGGGGAGCGGCCCGGCCACACCCAGUCACUUCAAGGCCACACACCCCUCCACCCUCCACCGCGUGAGCAUCCCACUGUCCGGAGGGAACUCAAAAGCCGGAGCUUCUCCUGAGGAGGGCUUGAAGCCCACACUGGGCGUUUCGACUUUUUAAGACCUACACCUGAGCGACAAGCCCCAAACAUCUAGCUGGGAAACCUGCCAAGGCCGGCUUGCACACGCCUGCCCGUGGCGCUGAGAGCCGUCUGCGGAAUGGCCCUAGAAGAGCUCGCGCUUUCGGACUUACCUGCCUCAGGGCCCAGCGAGAAGCUGCUGAUGGAGGGACUCCGGCCUCGUGGGAGAGGCUCCUUUGCAGAGUGUGGAGUGUCAAACUGAAGGACAGGGUCUGAUUCGACACACAUUCGGAGGCUGGCUGAGGUGUACUGUGGGACGAAGACCGCCAGGCGCCAUCAUUGUGCGCGAGCCUCGCUGCGGACGCCUGACGCCACCUUCACGGUGGACGCUGGCCAGCCUCCCGGGCUCCCUCGCACAUGCUCCGCCCGCAGCGUCCCCCGCCUCGGCGCAUGGGGCGGGGUGGGGCUUACACGCAGCUGUCCCCCACCCGGAGACCUCAGUACAUCUCCUGGCCUCUGGGGGCCAGUGGCAUGUUGGCUUAUGACUCCCACAGAACUGUCAGCCGCAGAAAAAGCGUAAUUCAAGGGCUGCCACCUCCAGGGCACAGCAAGAGGGCUGCAGGCCCAGGGGCUCAGUCUUUCUGUGAAAGUGGUCAAUUAGCUAAUCAUCAGAGGUGCGGCUUGAGAGACAGGCGCCUAAUUAAACACGAGUCGAAGAGCUUCAGGUCACCCCGUCUGGAGACGUUGCGGGGCUGCAUUAUCUCCAGAGUGCCAGCAUCUCCUGGCCGGACCCGUUGCAGGCCUGUGGUGCUGAGGUCUCUGUGGCUGCUGCACAGGGGACAUCUAGAGCCUGGCUUUGGUGGCCAGGAGGACUUGUAUUCCUGGAUGUCAUGGACUGUUACAAUCAGAAAUAGUCCUUGGCAGGCUGCCAACCCCAGGGCACUACGUGGACAGUGGAUUGAAUCACACCCCCAGUCUUUCUGCAGAAGAGGCUGGUUUGGCCAAGCACCUAGAGACCACACAAGAUAGUUUCCUGAUGGAGUCUUACCAUACUCUGCCUUCCAGGGCCUGAAGAUGUGCCUGAGACCUAGCUCUUACUCCAUUGUAAUAGGCUACCUCUUUGCUGCCUGCCUGACUGCAAACGUCCACAAUUAAUUGCUGCUCCUUUGUCCCUAUUCUUGCUGUGGAAACAUUUGGGGAAGCUGAAACUUGUUCAAGAUCAUACAGUGCCACCUGGGGCCUUCUGGAGGCAGGUGUCAGGUAGGUACUACAAAAGCAUCCUGUUGGUUUUUGUCCCUGUCCAUUGCUUUAUUCUUCUCAAUAGCUGAGCUUCCUUUUACCUGGGCCUGUAGCCCCAAAUCAACUCAAUGUGGACCCACCCAUACCUGAGUGUACCUCAAGAAGCAUUAUGUUUCAAAAUUUCUUCAGGUUUGUCCCAGCCCCACCCUCAGCCGUUCUCUACCCCAAACUCUUUUCUGUCCACCACUUCCAGGGGUUCACUGCCCAGGACAGUGGC